CACACCUCAAAACUCAAAUAUUAGCAUGUUGCCCAGCUUUCAUUGUCUUCUUGCAAUCCGAGCACGUAGGUCUCGUGUUGACGAGUGAUCAUUCAUAUUCAACUCACAUUAUCCCGCCUAUAUAUACGUUUAUGAUUACAGCUAACUAGCUUCUACAAUAACACACUGAACUGAGAUCUUCUCAUUCAAAACAAAGUUAUACAUUGGAAUAGUCUUUUAAAGUUCUGUAGAAACUAUUUCACGGUCGGUUUUUUAAAGAUGAGUAACAAGUUAUAUUUUCGAACUGGCUUCUACCAUCAAAUCGGGGAAAUAGAAUCAAAACUUUAAAAAACCAAUGGAUUAAUCUAGUACUCCACUCAUAACAUUAUAAAUACACAACCCGUUUGCGCCAUUCGUGUUGACUGUUUUGUCCACAAGAGGUGGCCGUUUUCACUUACCCUUUUGGGUUUUUUCUCUUGUGCAGUGACUGUUUUCUCUAAUUACCCGUUGGUGUCCAGUUCCCAAAAUAUCCACCGGAAGCGUGUAAGUGUCGGUUUACGCCGCUUUGGCGAUAUUCCAUGUUCUCCAUGUAAUGAUAUGCGUCAAUUAACCACCAUUAUAGUGAAAAUAGCACUGGCGUAUCACCAUUGAACUUGUAAAAUUGGGAACGAGUGGAACGAGUUGUAUAAUCUAUGAGUUGUAUACUAUUUUAAUUAACUAGUAGAAGAACGCACUAAAAUGUUUGCUGAACGGUGUGUGAGAUAUUGGUUUACGAAACAAGUGUCAGUAUGUUUAUUUCAAGUAUUCAUGAACGCUCGAAGCCUUGUGGAGUUACCGCAGCUUUAAAAUAAAUGCAGGUCAAUCAGAAGUCACGUAUUUGCCACUUGACCUGGGAGAGAGGUCAGUUCGCAAUCUCAUCGGGCGGCCAUGGCGGCGUCUGCUAUUCCAGUUGUUGAUUUCCAGAAGUACGGACUGAAUGUAGCGGACCCUACAUCCGUGGCGAGUGAAGUUUUGGAGACUACGGCCAGGGAGAUAUAUGAUGCCUUCAGUACAAUUGGCUUUGUGUACCUGAUGAAUCAUGGCGUUCGUCAGAGGCUGGUGGAUGACAUGUUCACGGCGUCCAAGUCCUUCUUUGAUCAACCUGUGGAGGAGAAGAGGAAGUGUGCUCGAGUCCACACAGACCAUGGUGAUCAUGGCUGGGUUGCCCUGGAGAGCGAAUCGCUGAAUCCCGAGCGACAGACUGGAGACCUGAAGGAAGCGUUCAACUUUACGCCAAGGAAUGAUGGGGCGUGGCCGGCGGAUGUUCCCAAAUUUAAGUCAACUUUCGUAUCCUUCUUCGAUGACUGCACACAGCUGACAGAGCGAGUCCUUGAUGUCCUGUCUAUCGGCCUCAAACUUCAGGAUCGCUAUUACCUGCGUGAGUGUCACAACCUGAUGGGCAAGAAGGGCGGCGCCACCACUCUCAGAAGUCUGUACUACCCCCCUGUGUCUGGAACCGUGAAAUCAGGUCAAAUUCGCUGUGGAGAACAUACCGACUACGGAACAAUAACGCUGCUGUUCCAGGAUGACGUUGGGGGCUUAGAGGUGAUGAAUACUGACGAUGUGUAUGUUCCGGCCCAGCCUGUCCCUGGCACCAUCGUGGUCAACAUUGGUGACCUCAUGCAGCGAUGGACUGGAGAUCAGCUUAAAGCCACAAAACACCGGAUCCUGAUUCCUGAAUUGGAACUGAAGAAACAUCAGAGUCGACAAUCAAUUGCUUUCUUUGUCAACCCUAAUAAUGACACCGUGAUUAAAUGUCUAGAUGGUUCAGACAAAUAUGAACCAAUCUCGUGCCUGGAUUAUCUGAACUAUAAGUUCAGUCUGACUUUUUAGUUAUCGAGGAAGCACUUGACGUCAUUGUUUGAGAAAAUGGAGGGUAGUUUUAAACGAUUGUCCAUUUAUUGUUUUUAACGUUUCACCAUGUGCAUUUCAUCGCCUCCUUUAACACCGUGGUGAUCCUAGGAGAUAAAGGGACAAGUAAUAUGAUCAUACUGAUCAUGAUAUGCAUUGAGUGAGUGAGCUUGGUUUUACGCCGCUUUUAGCAAUAUUCCAGCAAUAUCACGGCGGGGGACACCAGAAAUGGGCACAUUGUACCCAUGUCGGGAAUCGAACCCGGGUCUUCGGCGUGACGAGCGAACGCUUUAACCACUAGGCUACCCGACCGCCCCUUGAUAUGCAUUGAGCAACAUUUGAUGUAUAUGAGGUAAGAUAGAUUUGAGAAUAAUGUAAACUUCUUGUGUAUUAAAUCUUGAUCAGAAACUGUC